AUGGCGAAUAAACAACGAAAAAAAGAAAAUUUUCUUCGACAAUUUCGUGAUGAACAAAGUAAAGAAUUGAAACAAUUAACGGCGGCACAAUUUAUGGAAAUUUGGAGUCAUUAUGAUACAGAUGGCAAUGGAUUUAUUGAAGGUCAUGAGUUAGACGAUCUUUUACGUGAAUUAGCAUCAAGUGUUAAUCCUGCUGAUGUCGGACCAGAACUGAUUCCCGAUAGUGUUUUACGUGAGUUGAAAGAUUGUUUUCUCGAAGCCUAUGACGAAAAUGAAGAUGGUAAAAUUGAAAUUGGAGAAUUAGCUGAAAUUUUACCAACUGAAGAAAACUUUUUAUUAUUAUUUCGAAAAGAUAAUCCGUUAGAAUCGAGUGUGGAUUUUAUGAAGGUAUGGAAAGAAUUUGAUACCGAUUGUAGUGGUUAUAUUGAAGCAGAUGAAUUAAAACAGUUUAUCAAAACAUUAUUGGAAAAACGAAAAGGUAUUAAGGCAUAUGAACCGAUAAGCGAAGAAAAAUUAAUUGAAUAUACGGAUACAAUCUUGCAUAUAUUUGAUGCGAAUGGAGAUGGUAAAUUGCAAUUCAGCGAAAUGGCAAAGCUUUUACCUGUAAAAGAGAAUUUUUUAUUGAGACCAAUUUUCAAGGGAUGUGCAUCAAUAACAUCACAGGAUUUAGAUCGUGUAUUUCAAUUAUAUGAUAAAGAUGGAAAUGAUAUUAUCGAAGAAGAAGAACUUGAUGGUUUUGUCAACGAUUUAAUACAACUGGUUAAAAAAGAUUACGACAAUGAAGAUUUGCAACAAUUCAAAAGUUCGUUAUUAAAUGGUUGCGAUGUCAAUCGGGAUAAAAAAAUUAGUAAAGCCGAACUUAAAAUGGUUUUAAUGUCCUUGUCAGCUUAA